ACAGGAGAUUCAUACACUGAUUCUCAGAGCUCUGCCUUCCUGUCACUGUAAGGACACUGUAAGGAGAUUCCCUCUCUCUUCUGCAAGGGAUUUCGGCACCUUGAGCAUUCCUGAACUCGAUCGAUGCAUAAACAACCUCAUGGAAGCUUUCAAUCUCACCCCCUUUGACCCCUCAUCAUUCAUCCUAAAAGGCAUCCCUGACCUGGAAACUGCCCACAUCUGGAUUUCCAUCCCUUUCUCUACAUUUUACAUUUUUGGUCUUUUGGGAAAUUUCACACUUCUGUUUGUUGUAGGCAAAGAGCAUACCCUGCACAAGCCGAUGUACCUGCUGCUCUGCAUGCUGGCACUUACAGACAUUGCCACAUCUACUUCCAUCAUGCCAAAGGCACUGUGUAUAUUUUGGUUCAAUUUGAAAAGCAUUACUUUGGGUGGCUGCCUCACCCAGAUGUUCUUCCUUUACAUGGGUUCUAUGAUGCACUCAGCUGUUCUUAUGACAAUGGCCUUUGAUCGCUAUGUUGCCAUAUGUAACCCCCUGAGAUAUGCCACCAUCCUCACCAACGCACGAAUAGCUAAGCUAGGGCUAGUGUGUUUAAUGAGAGCUUUUCUCUUUGUUCUGCCCCUGCCCCUGCUCCUGAGCAGGCAGCCAUUCUGUGCCAGCCGCAUUAUCCCCCAUACGUACUGCGAGCACAUGGCUGUGGCAAAGAUGUCAUGUGGGGACAUUACAAUCAACAAGAUGUACGGCGUGGUGCUAGUGUUUGUAAUCAUUGGGUUAGAUCUCACACUCAUUGCCCUAUCCUACGGACUGAUAAUUAGAGCUGUCCUCAGAAUCCCUUCUAAGAAAGCCCACCAGAAAGCCCUGAACACCUGCACAGCCCACGUCUUUGUGAUGCUGAUUUCUUAUCCUACCUUCCUCUUUUCCACUCUGACACAUCGGUUUGGUCAGGGUAUUGCUCCACAUGUUCACAUCAUCUUGGCCAACCUCUAUUUCCUCCUCCUCCCCACAUUCAAUCCUAUCAUUUAUGGGGUCAAAACCAAAGAGCUUCGUGACAAAGUGGGCAAAUACACCUGUAUAAGGUGAUAACCUGGGGCCACUGACUUUAACUUGUAUGACAGGAGUGUGAAAGGAUAUCUCCUCAUUAAUCAAGGGUGGUCUGUCCUAAUUUGGCUAACUCAACAUUGUGGAAGUUCAGCUUCUGAGAAGUUCCUCACACCUAAUUUCUUAUCACUCCAUCACCAAGCACUGCUCUCUCCGUUACUAACUUCUCUCUGACCAUCACCUGACCUCUUUUAGUGUCACCCAUCAGCCCCCACAUCCACACACCCUGUCACUCGGCCUUUCCGUGACCAAAAGAAGAUAACAGAAGCUAUACUUUUUGAUAGCAAAAGAAAAAAAAAGCAACUGCAAUACUGAACUUCUUUAUCAUAUAUACAGUGAUCCGGAGAGCAAAAUGUACCUGAUUUUUCUACAUCCAAUCCUUCAACAAGCCUGGAGGAUAAACCAAAUAUUUAUAUUUCAGUUGGAAAGUGCUCAAACAGGAAAGAUGCCACAGGAAUUGAAGAUAUUGUACUAGAGCUUGUUGGUCAGAGUUGUGAAACUAUGGGUUUUUGAGGAAUGGUCUGUGUUUCCUAGGAUUUGAGGGGUGUGUACCCCAGAAUGUGAUGAAGCCAAUUGCAACCACAAGAUGUGCACUCAGCCACUAUCAAUUAAUAAAAUAGAACACCACAUAGUUAAGGGCUAAUUGGAAAGAAGGCUUUUAGAUGAAAGGUCAAAAUCUAGCUGUCAAUUUGUGCUAAUCAGAAUGGGAAGAGUGGACAGACAUGUAAAUAAAUGAGAAUGAAAGAAGAUAAGUGGAUGUAAACCCUGAGUAUACAAGGCUCUGAUAUUGGAAGUUUAUUGAAAGUUAGGAAAAGUGAUGAUAGUGUAGGGGUCAUUAUGACCUAUGUGUUUUGUAGAAGUUAUAAAAGAUCAGCUAAUACAGUGUGCUUUGAGGUAAUCCUCUGAAGACAUCUUGAGAGAUGGUUUUCCUGACACCCUGUCUAUCCAGCUUGUGAGCACCUGACCAUUGUGAACCUGCUGUUAAUUACUCAAUAUCAUUCCAGAUGAUAGGUAAAUAUCUAGGAUGUUCUAAACCUAUUGCUUAUGUCUGUAUGUACUUAAAUAUAAUAAACUGCAGUGUUAGACACG